AUGCCCACUCUCGAUCCUUCAACGCUUCUUCCUCUAUUCACUCAACCACCUUCAUCUCCUUCAAUCGUUUCUUACCUUUCCACAUUAACAUCCUCUUCAUUAACACCCGAACCUGAGACAAAAUCAUAUUCCGACUCAAUAUAUCAUAAUUAUUAUUCUAUCGGUAUAUCACUGUCUUUCCACCCUUUGAGGGGACUGGACUCCGUCGAUGUCUACAACCCAUCAAUCACUCCUCCUCCAAGACGGAUAGCUCAAAAACCCUUACCUACAUAUACCAAUUCACCAGAAAUCAUCCUACAUUUCAUGAGUGAUCAGAUCGUCUUACCACCCAGGAAAGAAGGUGAAGAGCCAUUAUCGAUAAAACGUCCUAUCGCUUUUACGUUGAAGACAACUAGCACAGGAAGGGAUUUAGUCAGUUGUUUAGGUGAACCCACAAGAAAAGGCUCAGGUGGAUGGACUGGAUUAUGGUUAGAAUGGUCAUCCGUUUCUUUGAAAAAUCCAGAGGGGAAAGGAAUCAUCAUUGGAAUAAUGGUAGAACUGAAUGAUCCAGGUGCAAACGAAAUACUAACUGAAGAAGGCAGGAAGAAAGGUAUGGGUGGAGUUUGGGAAAGAGCGAGUAGAUGGACCUGGAGUAAUAUCAAACUUUUCAAGGUGGACCACCAAUAA